AGGCAGCAGCGCCCUGGGGCCUGUCCUGUCCUCUCCCUCCUCUGAGGACGGUGACUCAGCUCUAUGAGCCCUUCCUCAUCGCUCCCUCCACCCGCGGGACCUCACAUCUGACGCCAGCCUCACCUGCAGCCUCGGAGGCCCUGCCUCCCCCCCCUCCCCUCGGGCACGAUGCCCAUCCUCAAGCAGCUGGUGUCCAGCUCCGUGCACUCCAAGCGCCGUUCCCGCGCGGACCUCACGGCCGAGAUGAUCAGCGCGCCGCUGGGCGACUUCCGCCACACCAUGCACGUGGGCCGGGCGGGGGACGCCUUUGGGGACACCUCCUUCCUCAACAGCAAGGCUGGGGAGCUGGAGGGCGAGUCCCUGGACGAGCAGGCGUCCACCUCGUCCUCCAAACGCGGCCUCCUGUCCCGGAAGUUCCGGGGCAGCAAGCGGUCGCAGUCGGUGACCCGGGGGGACCGGGAGCAGAGGGACAUGCUGGGCUCGCUGCGGGACUCGGCCCUGUUUGUCAAGAACGCCAUGUCCCUGCCCCAGCUGAACGAGAAGGAGGCCGCGGAGAGGGGCGCCGGCAAGCUGCCCAAGAGCCUGUCGUCCAGCCCCGUGAAGAAGGCCAACGGCGGGGAGGGGGACCCGGAGGCGGCCCGUGUGGAGGAGGGGCCCCGGCGGCGGAACGGGGCCACCUCCCCCCACUCCCUCGACCCCCUCCUGGACGAGCGGGCCUUCGGGGACCUGACGGAUCUGCCCGUCAUGCCCAAGGCCGGCUUCGGGCUGAAGCACGCCGAAUCCAUCAUGUCCUUCCACAUUGACCUGGGGCCCUCCAUGCUGGGCGACGUCCUGAGCAUCAUGAACAAGGAGGAGUGGGAUCCAGAGGAAGAGGAUGGCGGUUACCACGGCGACGAGGAGCCGGGCAGUCUCCCCAAGGUUCCCCUUUCUGGGUCGGGGGCCCCUCUCCCGGCCAGGCAGGAAGGCAAGGCCAGCCAGGACUCGCCCCCGCCGCCCCUGACCACGCGCAGCAGCUCCCUGUCCAGCUGCACCUCGAGCGUCCUGGAGGAGCGCAGCCCCGCCUUCCAGGGGCCAGAGGGGGCCCGGGCCGCUCUCCCCAGGCAGCCCGACAAGGAGUUCUCCUUCAUGGAUGAGGAGGAGGAGGAUGAGAUCCGAGUGUGAGGCCGGCCGAGGUGGCUCCCCGCUCUUGGCCCCGUCUCCCUGCCUCCAGCCCACCCCCUUCCCGUUCAGGGGCAGCCAAGAGCCUGGCUUCUGCCACGGACCCUGGGCCUCACGGAUGAGGGGCGCUGGCCGAGCCUGGGGGCCGUGGAGGACUUGGGGAGCUGGCCCUGGUGCCUGACGUUGCCCCACAGCCCGGCCUCCCUGAGCUCUGUAGGAUGGGACAGGGCUGUGUUCUUAUAGCAGGAAUCCGUUUCCUUUCCUCCACGUUGGCCUCAGAUGGCUGCCAGAUGUCCACCUGAGUUCCCGCCUGCAGCUGGGCAGGUCGGCUCAGCGGCGACCUUUGGCCAGGGCUAAGGACACGGCUCUCCUGGGCCCCCCCACCCCCCGAGCUCUGCUGUGGCCCCACAGUGACUUCCCCCGGUAAAUGUGUGUCACGGGAGGCAUGGGGUGGGCACGAGUCCCGGCCCCUCCCUCCCCGCCUGCCCCAGCACAGGAAGCCUGGAGCCCUUGGAGUAAAGCCGGACUGACAGCCCUGAACACUAACCGCGGCCCCUUCCCGGGGAGGAGGACAGGGCGGGGAGCCGAAGCCCUGGGCUUCUUGAAUUUGGGGGACGGGGCCUUGCCCGAGGACACUAGGAGCAGACUGUCCUGGCCGCGCAGCUCCCUGGGUUUUUUGUUCGCUCUUCCUUGGUGUGUUGCCGUCUCCCUGGAGCAGCGACAGAUCUGCCAUCAGAGGGAACAUCCUUUCAGACACUUUACUCGGUGCUUCCGAACUUUACCUAGAAUGGUAUGGGGUGCGUGUCUGCGUGCACGUCCCCCUCCACCCAUAGCUGUUAACAGCGGAAGGCGUCCAGUGCAUUAGAAUAUUUCUGAAAAAUGACUUUUUUUAAAGUAAUAUAUCAUUCCUGGGGGGGAUAAAUGCUUUUUUUUGGACUGAGUUAUUCCCUCUUCUCCCCCCUCCCCCCUGACGACUUCUUCCUUUCCCAGGCCUCUCGCCAGCUGCUGAGGCAAGGGCCCUGGGGGUAGAGGUAGCAGGGUGGCCAGAUUUAGCAACAAAACAAAAGGAUAGUUUCUCGGUAUAAGUAUGCCCCCUUGCCAUACGGAACAUGCUUAUAUUAAAAAGUUAUUUGUUGUUCCUCUGGAUUGCAGAUGUCAGCCGAUGUCCUCUAACCCUGCUCAAGGGGAUUGCGUAGGAGCCCGGGUGUGAGUCCCAGGGUUAACUGAUGAUGGCUUUUCUGUCCUGGGAACAGGCUGACCCACCGCCUCUGUCCCCUGGCAGCCAGUGGGGGCGGGGCUGGCUGCCACGGGAUCCAGCCGGGGCGGGUGGGCGUGGCCGCUCCAGCCUCCCAUUUUCUGCCAGAUCCUGACUCAGACACUAACUUGUUCCUGAUCCCGGUACCCCGUGGGUGCUUGGUUUCCAGUAGUGCAGCCCCCCUCCACUCCCCCGGCUGCCCCUGAGCCCCAUCCAGAUGGUGGUCCGUCCCAGAUUCUGAACUGUAUAUUUUUUUCAUGAAAUUGUUAAAACAGCGAGGCAACAAUAAAAAAGCCCUAUAGUAUG